UUGUACCUCGGCUUCACGAACUGAAUGGAGGUGUCUUCAGCUCCUUGUCUUCAAAAAUGCCCUUCAUCUUUGCUCUUGAAAUCUAGGGUUAAGAUUUUUCAGAGAACUCUUAUCCCUACAUUCGCACCUUUCAAAGCUUCAGUCUUUUCAGUAAAACGCUUCAAUCUCAUCCCAAUGGAUACUCCCAGAACUAUCUCCUCUUCUGCUUUGGUGGAACACAACAAUGGUUCAACCACAACUGCUUUGCCAUUUGACUCAGAAGCUAGAAUUGGAGAGGUGAAAAGGGUCACCAAGGAGACCAAUGUAGCAGUCAAAAUAAACUUGGAUGGUUCUGGGGUUGCUGAUAGUAGUACUGGAAUUCCCUUCCUCGAUCAUAUGCUAGAUCAACUUGCUUCACAUGGGCUGUUUGAUGUGCACGUAAAGGCUACAGGUGACAUACACAUUGAUGAUCAUCACACAAAUGAAGAUGUUGCUCUUGCUAUUGGAACGGCUUUGCUGCAGGCCCUUGGUGAUAGGAGGGGAAUUAACAGAUUUGGUAACUUCUCUGCUCCACUUGAUGAAGCAUUAAUACAUGUUUCACUGGAUUUAUCUGGUCGACCACAUCUAAGUUAUAAUUUGGACAUCCCCACUCAGAGGGUCGGGACAUAUGACACUCAGUUAGUGGAGCAUUUUUUCCAGUCUUUAGUGAAUACUUCUGGUAUGACACUUCACAUUCGUCAGCUUGCUGGAAGAAAUUCUCAUCAUAUUAUUGAGGCAACCUUCAAAGCUUUUGCUAGGGCUCUUAGACAAGCAACAGAGUAUGACCCACGUCGCCGUGGAACUGUGCCAAGUUCGAAAGGGGUUCUGUCACGCGCUUAAUAUCUUUCGCAGUAUGCAUAAUUGGAUUGAGCUACUAAUUUUAGAGGGUCUACCAUAGUUCUUGAAGGAUACAAAUACAAGAUGAUCCUUGCUUCAAUCUCUUCUAUCACGGUGCUUAGAUGCCUUGUGAUGAUAGUUGCUGGUGCGGUGUGCAAAAGUUUGUGAAAUAAGUUGCUGGCCUUAUGGAAGAAACAUGGUUUUGUACGUCUGACCCUCUCCAAACCCUACAUGGUUACAGCCUUGUGCAGUAAGCCACCCCUUUUUGGUGUGUUAUUGUAGGGAGUUUGGUCCAGCCAGGUUCUCUGUUGAUUUAUCUUACAGAAAGACGAAUGAACUUGGUGGUGGAUGCAUGAUUUUUUUUAGCACAAUGACUGUAUGGAAGUUUAAAUCUAUAAGUUCAUGUAAACUAUUUAAACCCUUCAGUAGUCAUCACUAGCCCAAUCCUUGUAGUUUGGGUGCUAGAUGCUUGUGUAUCACUACAAGUAUGCUUACAGUGUUUGGAAUAGGGAAACAGUUGGUGGUAUUUUAAA